GCUUGCUCCGAUAGUCCGACUCGGAAAGCCAGUCUCUCGCCUCAGUUCGGUUUGGUUUGACUCGCUACUCGGAGUCGUCGUCGUCGUCGCCGUCGCCGCUUCCAAAGAUCAUCAAAGCACAAGACGAAGAGCAAAGCGCCCCACAUCGACGCUCGAGGAUCGCCAUUAAAGCCUUCUAAGAAUCCUCAAGCUCCUCUCGUUAGCCCGACCUGAUCCUUCCUUUCCAGUCGGCCAUGUCCAGUGCUCUCGACACCUUCGCCGCGUGAUCUUCAGCUGCUACGGCGAUUCCCCUCCUCUCCGGCGACACGAUGGUGAACAAGUUCCUCUGCGACUUCCGGUUCCUCCUCCUCGCUGCGGCGGUGGCGUUCAUCUACAUCCAGAUGCGUCUUUUCACGACACAAUCAGAAUAUGCUGAUCGACUUGCUGCUGCUGUUGAAGCCGAGACUCGUUGUACAAGUCAAAUGCGAAAACUAAUUGAUCAGAUAAGCAUGCAACAAAGCCGUAUUGUGGACCUAGAAGAGGAUAAGAAACGACAAGAUGAAGAAUAUGGGCAGAUGAAGGCUCUUGUUCAAGAUCUUGAAUUUAAAGGCCUUCAAAGACGGGUGGACAAAAUACAGACCCAAGUGGCAGCAGUGGUGAUCAUGGCAUGCAAUCGUGCUGAUUAUCUUGAGAGGACCAUUGACUCUAUCUUGAAAUAUCAGAAUGUCGUUGCUUCAAAGUACCCACUUUUUGUAUCCCAGGAUGGGUCUGAUCCGCAAGUUAGAAAGAAGGCCUUGAGUUAUGAUCAGUUGACCUACAUGCAGCAUUUGGAUUCUAAGCCAGUGCAAACUGAAAGGCCUGGGGAGUUAAUUGCAUACUAUAAAAUUGCACGGCAUUACAAAUGGGCAAUGGAUGAAUUAUUCUACAAACAUAAUUUCAGUCGAGUAAUCAUACUUGAAGAUGAUAUGGAGAUUGCACCUGAUUUUUUUGAUUAUUUUGAGGCUGCAGCAGCUCUCAUGGAAAAGGAUAAGACCAUUAUGGCUGUUUCCUCAUGGAAUGACAAUGGGCAAAAGCAAUUCGUGCAUGAUCCAGAAAUCCUUUACCGAUCUGAUUUCUUUCCUGGACUUGGAUGGAUGUUGACCAGAUCUACAUGGAAUGAAUUAUCGCCAAAGUGGCCUAAGGCUUACUGGGACGACUGGUUGAGGCUACAAGAGAACCACAAGGGUCGACAAUUUAUUCGACCAGAAGUGUGCAGAACUUAUAAUUUUGGUGAGCAUGGGUCUAGUUUGGGGCAAUUUUUCAGACAAUAUCUUGAGCCAAUCAAAUUGAAUGAUGUCCAGGUUGACUGGAAAUCCAAGGACUUGAGUUACCUGAUGGAGGACAAGUAUGUUAAGCAUUUUGCUGAAAUUCUGAAAAAUGCUAAACCUAUUAAUGGAGCUGAUGUUGUCCUGAAGGCCUCUAAUAUACGAGGUGACGUGCGUGUUCAAUAUAAAGACCAGCCAGAUUUUGAACGCAUUGCCCGGCAAUUUGGUGUCUUUCAGGAAUGGAAGGAUGGUGUACCAAGGACAGCAUAUAAAGGAGUAGUUGUCUUCCGGUAUCCACCCCCAAGACGUGUGUUUCUAGUGGGUCCGAAUUCUUUCAAGCUGCUUGGGAUCGAAGGUGUUUGAUGUAGGGUUUCACGGCGCUGUUAUAUCAUGGUGCCAGACUUCGGCUUCCUCUUGCCUCCCCAACGCCUAGUGUAACUGGUACAUUAUUAGAGGAACCGAUUGGGCAUCACAAUCAGAGCUUAACAUACAAAUACAGGUCAUCAGUCAGGUUUAAUCCACUGCUGCUUGCUGAUGAACAGAAGUGUAGAGGUCUGAGGAUUCGAUUGGCGAUUUUGAU